AUGACAGAGGCCAGCAUGCCAUGCGAUGUCCCAAACUGGGGUUUCGACCUCGCGAAUUCGAAUUCAGGGUCGACUUUCAAUUACGAGCCUGGUGUUGCUGGUGACGAGGAGUUGUGGUAUCGAAACCAAUUCGGUGUGGGCAGCUUCGAUGUCCCGCCGUGGCAGCCGAUGGAAAUGAACCAAGGGUACGAUUUCGCAUCUCCAGCGUCAGGCAAGACGCGCUACCAGCAGCUGCCCCCGCUUUCCCCGGCCCAAAACGGCGGCUUUUCCGCCCGGUCGGAGGGACUUUCACCGAGGUAUGGGCACGGCGAAGUAGAGCUGCCAAAGCAGCGGAUGCUGACUCUCGACGGUCCUAACAGAUUCGAGAAUGUACAAACGGAGAACAGCCCAUAUUCGCUCGACGACCUUCUCCGCACGGCAUCGCAAGUAGCGACCGAACGCGCGCUCUACAUGAACAUUCCUUCUACGGGUGCUUCGACUGCCGGUGCCAACGCUCUUUCUCCAACGGCGGAGCCAGGAAUCAGCUCACCGGGCGCGAUUUCAAGCCAUCACUCCAUCGCUAGCGACACAGACGAGCACGACUUACCGGCCUUCGAUGUCCCACAGGUGUACCAGCUCCCAGACUUCAGCGCCAAUAGUAACGCUAACGCGGCUGGGUCCCUCGCAUCGCGCGAUCUAAAGGAAACAAGUCUCACCCCGCUAGAGAUGCCCGACGGCACGACUCGAUUCACCGCUAACUGGCUGCCCGUCGACCCCGAGGGCGGGUUCACUAUCCGCCCUCCAUCGCACCACGCGCUUGGAAUGGACCUCGACCCAAUGUUGAUGGAUCACCAGGUGCCUUUGUAUCAAGACCACGGCCAGCAUCACUACAACUAUCGGAAUGCAUUUAUCUCGCUAGAUAAUCUAGGCGGCGAAGCUGGAGUGUGA